AGAUAACAACCGGUGGGUGAGUGGUGUGGUGGGAGCAAACAACUGAAACUUGCAGAGCGUCAAACUGGAGAAACCCAACCCGUUAUUCCUCUCUUUUCCUUCACAUUCUCAUCCCCCGGAUUUCUUCUUCUUCUUCUUCUUCAUUUGCUUGUCUCUCUGUGUAUGUGAGGCUGGUCUGAAUGCACACCAUAACCCUCAAAACCCCAAUCCCCUACCAUGUACCCUCCCUUAAGUCCCACUCCAUCUUCCCCCAAAACCCUAGACUAACCCGACCCCACCUCAUUUUCCCGCCAAUUCACCACCGCCCCCACUCUCACUCCUCCGUCACCAAAGGCCUCGGCAUCUCCGUCCCCAACUCCACCCCCGGCGCUCUCAACGGCUCCCUCCACUCCGAAAACCUCGCCGUUAAGGACAUCGACGUCGCAACUCUCGGCAAUCUCUGCGUCGAUAUCGUCCUCAACGUCCCCCAGUUGCCGCCGCCCGAUGCCGACCGCCGCAAAGCUUACAUGGACCGCCUAUCCGCCUCGCCGCCCGAUAAGAAAUACUGGGAAGCUGGUGGCAACUGCAAUAUGGCUAUAGCAGCUGCCAGGUUGGGGCUUCGCUGCAAUGCAAUUGGCCAUGUGGGUAAUGAAGUGUAUGGCCGGUUCUUAUUAGAUGUUCUUCGUGAUGAAGGAAUCGGUAUGGUUGGGAUGAAUGAGGAUACUGAUGCUAACAGUUCAAGUGCUUCUUCGUAUGAAACACUUUUGUGCUGGGUUCUUGUGGAUCAGUUGCAAAGACAUGGUUUUUGUAGUCGAGCUGAUUUCAGUAAGGAGCCUGCAUUCAGUUGGUUGACCAAAUUAUCCGUACAAGUAAAGACGGCGAUAAAACAGUCAAAGAUCCUGUUCUGUAAUGGUUAUGGCUUUGACGAGCUCUCUCCUGCUGUAAUAGCCUCAGCUGUAGAGUAUGCUGUUGAAGUUGGAACAGCAAUUUUUUUCGACCCUGGACCCCGCGGAAAGAGCCUCUCUGCUGGUACACCUGAAGAACAAGGAGCACUUAACCUGUUGUUGAGGAUGAGUGACGUUCUUCUUCUAACUUCAGAUGAGGCUGAGUCAUUGACUGGCAUUAAAAACCCGAUAUUAGCAGGGCAGCAGUUGCUCAAGCAAGGGGUGCAAACAAAAUGGGUGAUUGUUAAAAUGGGGCCAAAGGGUUCAAUUCUCAUAACUAAGUCUGGCAUCUCUUGUGCACCAGCAUUCAAGGUAAAGGUCAUGGACACUGUUGGAUGCGGAGAUAGUUUUGUAGCUGCCAUUGCAUAUGGUUUCAUCCACAAUAUGCCAAUGGUAAAUACAUUAGCAAUUGCAAAUGCAGUGGGUGCUGCAACCGCCAUGGGUUGUGGUGCUGGUAGGAAUGUGGCGACGUUGGAUAAAGUACUUGAAAUUGUGGAAGCUUCGAAUCUUAAUGAGGAUGAUGAAUUUUGGAAUGAAAUAUUUGAUGAAAAUUUGGGUGUUCAGGAAAUUACGGCCGUCUCAAAAUUGGUCAUUAAUGGAAGUGAGAGUCAGCUGAAUAGUGUCCCUUUGCAGAAGGUUGUAUCUGAAUUGCUUCCUAAGCUCAAAUCUGCAGAGCUAGAGAGAAAAGUGCCAUGUUGACAAAUCACAACCCACAUCACUGGGUCUUAGCAAUGAACUUUGUUCUGUUGGAGCUAUUUCAUUCUCCAAGUCUGAUUAUACUGUUGCAGUUUCUACUUCCAUGACAUGAGGGCUGCCCUAUACACAGUGAAACCACGCUGGGUUCAUUGCAGAAUGAAAUUAGUGAGCUUUCAUAGGUCGAAGUUUACCCUUUGAAUUAGUAGGCGAUGGUUUUGAUCUGGUAAAUCUAGGAUGCUUUGGCACGACAUAGGUUUGCACUUUUGCAGUUUGUCACUCCUGCACAGGUGUUCCAUUCUUUGCACCAUUUCGACACAAUGCCCGUGUGGCUGAAUUUUGUUUUGGUUAACUGUAUGUAUUGAAUGUUCCGGUAAAGUAUCUGCUUUUUGGCCCGAUCAUCA